UUUAUCAAGGUGACUUUGGAAUGUGUACAUAAGUGGCUGAUUCCUAUGCUUUGGCGUAGACGGAUUCGGCCGAAUCUCGUACUUGGUGAAAGAAAAGAUCAACGAACCGUGCUUUGAGCAGGUUGAAUACAUUCCUCAAAGCUGACAAAGGUGAAACGGCAAAUUUGGGUGAAAAACCGCAAUCAUGAAAUUUCCUGCGUUUCUCGCUUUCGUGUUUUCUACGCUUGUAGCGUUAGAGCUGGUGCAUGCCAAUGAGUUGAAGUUAAAGAUGGACGAAAUUCCCAAGAACAAAAGACUAAAGAACUUGAAGAGGGAAAACCCCGCAGAAAUGAAAAGGAUGAUGAAGGCAAAAGGACUGAUAGACAUUUCCGAGGAAGAAGGCUUAGUGCCACUGAUAACCGCCACAGAUGGCACGGCUGUUCCCGACCAGUACAUUGCCCAUCUUCUGCCAGAGGGAGACUAUGGAAAAAUUCGUAGCAUCCUGAAAAGAAGUGGUUCCCAACAAAAAGUUAGGUUCACUAGAAAAAGCAGCUACGCCAUACUUAAGGGUAUAAAAGAAAGUGACCUUCAACAGCUUCGCCAGCUUACUGACGUCAUUGCGGAAAUCGAACAAGAUAAAGCAAUGUCGAUUGAUGGAUCUUAUUGUACAGGACCUUCCCCAGCAUCUAACACAUGGAAUUUAGACCGAAUAGAUGACGAAAGGGAUGACGACAGUUUCACCACCUGGGCAACCGGCUCUGGUAUAGACGCGUACGUCAUGGACACUGGAAUUAAUCCUGAUCACGCUGACUUCGGAGGAAGAGUGUCAUCAGGAUGGCACGGGAGUUCUUUCUCCGAUACCAGAGACACCCAUGGUCAUGGUACCCAUGUGGCCAGUACCUUAGGCGGGGACACCUAUGGAGCAGCCAAGCAGGUGAACCUUAUUCCCGUCAAGGUGUGCUCCUGGACAGGGUGUCCAACCUCGGACAUCCUGGCAGGACUGAACUGGAUAAAGUCACGGGUUCAACAAAACAAGCGUCUGUCAAUCAUUAACAUGUCACUCGGUGGUGGGUACUCCUCUUAUCUCAAUGACGCCGUGUACGCGGUAUUGGAUGCAGGCAUUCCAGUGGUAGUUGCCGCUGGAAAUGACGGCAAGGCCAAUGCGUGUAAUGUAUCCCCAGCAAGCGUAAGCGGAGCGCUUACAGUUGGCGCCACUCAAAUAGAUGAUUACUUGGCUCCGUUUAGUAACAUCGGACCGUGCGUUGAUAUUUACGCUCCAGGGAGGAAGAUCAGGGGCGCCUACUACGCGAGCACGCACGGCUCAGUAGAGCUUGAUGGGACGUCAAUGGCGUCCCCUCUCGUCGCCGGUGCAGCCGCGGGUUUGUUGCAGGCCUAUGCCGACGCUGGGUUUUUCAGCGAACCGUCCACAAGCGUCGUUGACACUCUAAACUAUGACAUCAUCCAGUAUGCGGAGAAGGGCACAGUGAAGGGACUCCCGUCUUCGAACAACAACAAUGUUAUGCUUCACACCACCUGCCUGACUACCUAA